GCGGCUUUCCGGCGGCGCCGCCAUGGCGGCGGGCGGCGCGGAGCGGCGGCCGCGGUACUUCAUGGCGCGGGAGGUGGCGGAGGCCGGGCGGUUCCGGCUCAGCGCUCUCGGCCGCGUUUACGACCUGGGCCCGCUGCUGCGGGAGCGCCGCGGUGACGUCACCCUCGCCCCCCUGCUGGGCGCCGUCGGCACCGACGUCAGCCACUGCUUUGACCCCGAGAGCGGUGACCCGCUGCCCCGCGUGGAGCCCCGCACCGGCCAGACCGGCUCCCGGUACCCGUUGGGGACCCCGGGCAGCUCCCAGUCCCUCACGCCCCGUUCAGACGGGGCCCCCCCGUUGGACGCCGCGUGGUGGCGCGACCCCCGGCUGCAGGUGGGGCGCCUGACAGCCGCCCCCCGCCUGCUGCGCCUCUGCAACACCCUGACAGGCCAGAACUGCGUCGUCGAGGUGUGCGGGGAGGAGCCGGUGGGAGAGGCGCUGUGGCGGGCAAAGGCCUGGAAGGAGCAGCUGGAGAGAUACACAGCGUGCUAUGGGGGCGUCCCGCUGCGCCUCCACCUCAGCCUGGAGCAGAACGGGAUCCCGGACAGCACCUCCGAGCUGCGCAGCCUGCGCCUUGACCCCAAGGACUUCAUCCCCACCGUGCUUCUUUAUUUCAAUGAUGACGCUGGCAAUGCUACAGAAGCCCCCACAGUGACAUCUUCCCCACCCUGAGCUGCGGAUGGUGCUGUGGGGGCAUUGCCCCCAUUUUGGAUUCCAGUUGUGUUUUUGCAGCACAAUAAAGCUGGUUUUUGUUUGUU